CAAAGCUUGUCGACUAAUUUUUCUAAGUGACGAUGAGUUCUGUUCCUGGAGGUCCAGUGCCGGUUGAUCCAAAUGACCCACACGUGCGAGAUAUUGGAGAAUGGGCAGUGAAGGAACACAACAAACAAAGUGGGGAUUCACUAAAGUUUCUUGAAGUGGUAAGUGGGUCGAAGCAAAUAGUGUCUGGAGUGUUGUACAAGCUUGUGUUGUUGGUUGAUGUUGGUGCAAAUCAUCAUCGAAAAUAUGAGGCUAAGGUGUUGGAGCAACCAUGGGAGGAGCCUCCUCGGAAGCUCGAGUCUUUUCACAUUCUUCUCCAGGAGUGAUGUCUAUGUUACAAUCUCCUUCGUGUAUCAGAAUCCAUAUCUAUAAUGGACAAUAAAAUAAAACUUCUUA